AUGUGUGAUGCAUCAGGUGAGGAAGAUGUGGACAUGGGUGGCAUUCGAGGUGUCAAUAGUCGAGUCAUGGGAUUGCUUUGGAGAAAUAAGGAUGCAUUUUACAAAAAUAAGAUUGAGAAAGAUGAUCCCCCUCAUAGGUUAGGUGGUGAACAAGUGUGGCAAAUGGUUUAUGACAUCCCUAAAACAACUGAAGUAAGGAUAUGCAAUGUUCCAGGUGAGGAAGAUGUGGACAUGGGUGGCAUUCGAGGUGUCAAUAGUCGAGUCAUGGGAUUGCUUUGGCUAAGUGCUGCUGCAAAGAUAGCUGAGGCUUUGGCAUAUAUGCAUGAGGAGUUUCUUGAGAAUGGAAUAGCACAUGGUAACUUAAAAUCAAGUAACAUUUUGUUUGACAAGAACAUGGAUCCAUGCAUAAGCGAAUAUGGGCUAAUGAUGGCAGAAAAUCAAGAUCAAAUUGUCCUUUCCCACAACAGAAACCUCAAAAACAAAGAUCUGAUUGCAGCCACCUUCAAAGCUGAUAUAUAUGCCUUUGGUAUGAUACUUCUGGAGCUUCUGACAGGGAAAGUAAUUAAAAAUGAUGGAUUUGAUUUAGUAAAAUGGGUGAAUUCAGUGGUCAGAGAGGAAUGGACUGUUGAAGUUUUCGACAAGACCCUAAUCUCACAAGGUGCUUCUGAAGAAAGGAUGAUGAAGUUGUUGCAGGUAGCAUUAAAAUGCGUAAAUCCUUCUCCCAAUGAUAGGCCAAGUAUGAGCCAAGUUGCAGUGAUGACAAAUUCUUUGAAAGAGGAGGAAGAAAAAUCCAUAUCAUUUGACACAUGA